AUGGAAGACGAAUUAGAGGAUAGAGUUUUACAUCAAACUUAUGUUUCGUUCAUGAAAAUAUUUUCACGUUUUACCAGUAGUAUUGCGUUUGAUACUCCGGUGAGCUAUUUAUGGAAAAUGGUGCGUCUGUAUUUGCUACGGUCGGAGGUUGUCGUGUUCACAUUAGGUAUUAUCAUAUUGUUCAUGUAUCUACAAACAAUUGAAUUAUGGAGUCGUACACUACUAAGCAGAUUAUCACAAGCUUUGUAUCCUCUAAGUGCUGUUCAACGUAUGAAACUUAUGGAAGCUUCAAGUUCAGAUAAACAAAGCUGGGAAUUAAAGGGCUCACUAAGUGCAGCUUAUGCAAUCAAAGGCCGAAGAAUGCAUAUGGAGGAUAAAUUCAUUAUUAAUGAAAACAUAAAUAACACAGGAAUUUCACUCUUCGCUAUAUUUGACGGACAUGGUGGUGAAUUUGCUGCUAAUUACGCAAAAGAUCAUUUGAUACAAAAUCUGUACAAUAAAGUAGUUGAGUUAAAUGCAUUUAAAGACGGAAAAAUAAUUAAUCCGCCUUCACAUGAUAGUCAAGAAACACCAAAAAAAGAGCAAGAGAUUAAUGUCAGUAUUGAAAGAAAAACCAGCUUUAAAAAAUCUGUAAGCGCUGCUGAUGAUUCUUCUAAAAAGGAAAUAACUGAUCCUGAAUUGUUAGCUCAACUUUCUAAAGCUAGACCUAUUACUAGAGAAGUAAGAACAACCACUAAACCUGUAAAAAAUAUAACUGUACCUUUGUCAAGUUAUUUAGAAAAGGGAAAGAUUAACUUUGGCAAACUAUUGACAGACGAAGUUCUUGCUGCAGAUAGACUUCUUGUUGAAGCAGCAAAAAGAUCAUUAAAUGUGGCCGGCACUACUGCAUUAAUAGCUGUUUUAGAAGACAAUCACCUUAUUGUUGCAAAUGUCGGUGAUUCCAGAGGUGUUAUGUGUGACUCUAAGGGAAAUGCUAUUCCUGUGUCAUUUGACCAUAAACCCCAACAGGUAAGGGAACAGAAACGAAUAGAGGCAGCAGGAGGUUAUAUUGCAUUUAAUGGUGUGUGGAGAGUAGCAGGAAUCUUAGCAACAUCUCGUGCGAUGGGUGACUACCCCCUCAAGGAUAAAAAUUUUGUUAUUGCAGAUCCAGAUAUACUUACUUUUAACCUUGAUGACCACAAACCUAUGUUUUUAGUUCUUGCUUCAGAUGGAUUGUGGGAUACAUUCUCUAAUGAAGAAGCUGUUAAAUUUAUCAAAGAAAGAAUUGAUGAACCAGAUUUUGGAGCUAAAAGUUUGACACUUCAAGCCUAUUACAGGGGUUCUGUAGACAACAUUACGGUUCUCAUAAUAAACUUUUUGCACAAUAAGAUAUCUUCAUCAAAUAUUUCACAGUAA